GAUCCUCAGGGGCCCCUCCCCCUGAUCCCUCUCUCGCGAUGACUGAGGGUUCUGAGUCAGGGUUUGGGUGGCCACACCCUGGGCUGGGGGUGGGUGGCAGGCCUGGUUUUGCUCAGGUGCUCUGGCCAGUGGGCUGGGCGGUCUCUCCCUGGGAUGGCCCUUCCCUGGGAUGGUACGGGAAGUGGCCAGUUACCCGUGCCCUCGCCUCAGUUUCUUAGUAGGCCUCUCUGCUGGGACAUGAACACGCGAAUCCGAAUCUUACCUGAUCAUUGGCACCAGGGGCCUCCCAGGAGGAAUGUACCUAGAGCCUUUGCCUGGGCUGGCCCUCCUCCCCGCUGUGGGCUUGAACCAGCCGGGGCCCGGCAGGGGGCAUGCCCUCUUCAGCAAGGCCGGGGCUGUGCCAGGCACGGACACAAACAUGAGUGAAGCAUUGUUCUCAGGAAUCUGGGGGUUUCGGGGAACCGGGAACCUCACAUGGGUCUGAGUCAUCCUGUCUCCAGAGACCUGGAAAGGCAUGGCUUCCAGGCGUGGGUGUUUACUGAACUUCCUGUUGCUCUUGACUGAAAGCCCGCUCCCUGCCCCACUCCCGGGCACCCCCCAGCUCACGGCUGCCGCUGGGUUCCUCUCCUGCUGGCCCCCCUUCAGGGCCACAGUCGGCACCCGCCCGGGGCUCUGGUUACUCAUUUGUUCAGGCGCUGUGUGUGGCCCUGCCACGUCCCCCAGCUCUGCGGUCCGUGGCAGUCUUUGCCCGGGAGCCCUCUCCCAUUUCUGCUUCUGGAGGCUGACGUGGAUAAAGGUGCUGAAGAAGGGAAACAAAGCAGGCGGCAACACCUCGCCUCCCACCAUGAAGCUCGACAUCCAGUGUGAGCAGCUGAGUGACGCCCGGUGGACAGAGCUCCUGCCUCUGAUCCAGCAGUACGAGGUGGUCAGGCUGGACGACUGUGGCCUCACGGAGGUGCGGUGCAAGGACAUCGGUUCCGCGCUCCGGGCCAACCCCUCCCUGACGGAGCUCAGCCUCCGCACCAAUGAGCUGGGCGACGGCGGCGUGCACCUGGUGCUCCAGGGCCUGCAGAGCCCCACCUGCAAGAUCCAGAAGCUCAGCCUCCAGAACUGCUGCCUGACGGAGGCCGGCUGCGGGGUCCUGCCCGGCGUGCUGCGCUCCCUGUCCACCCUGCGGGAGCUGAACCUCAGCGACAACCCGCUGGGUGACGCCGGCCUGCAGCUGCUCUGCGAGGGGCUCCUGGACCCGCAGUGCCACCUGGAGAAGCUGCAGCUGGAGUACUGCAACCUGACGGCCGCGGCCUGUGAGCCCCUGGCCGCGGUGCUCAGGGCCACACGGGACCUGAAGGAGCUCAUGGUGAGCAAUAAUGACCUGGGCGAGGCUGGCAUCCGGGAGCUGUGCCGGGGCCUGGCGGACUCCGCCUGCCAGUUGGAGGCACUCAAGCUGGAGAACUGCGGCCUCACGCCGGCCAACUGUAAGGACCUGUGUGGGAUCGUGGCCUCCCAGGCCUCGCUGAACGAGCUGGACCUGGGCAGCAACCCGCUGGGCGAUGCAGGCAUCGCGGAGCUGUGCCCUGGGCUGCUGAGCCCCGGCUCCCAGCUCAAGACCCUCUGGCUCUGGGAGUGUGACAUCACCGCCAGUGGCUGCAGAGACCUCUGCCGCAUCCUCCAGGCCAAGGAGACCCUGAAGGAGCUGAGUCUGGCAGGCAACAGUCUGGGUGACGAGAGCGCCCGGCUGCUGUGCGACAGCCUGCUGCAGCCGGGCUGCCAGCUGGAGUCCCUGUGGGUGAAGUCCUGCAGCCUCACGGCCGCCUGCUGCCACCACUUCGGCUCGAUGCUGACCCAGAACAAGCGUCUCCUGGAGCUGCAGCUGAGCAACAACCAGCUGGGCGACUCGGGCGUCCAAGCCCUGUGCCAGGCCCUGUGCCAGCCCGGCGCCACACUGAGGGUGCUCUGGCUGGGGGACUGUGACGUGACAGACGGCGCCUGUGGAGGCCUGGCCUCGCUCCUGCUGACCAAUCGCAGCCUGCGCGAGCUGGACCUGAGCAACAACGGCCUGGGUGACGCCGGCGUCCUGCAGCUGCUGGGCAGCCUGGAGCAGCCCGGCUGCGCCCUGGAGCAGCUGGUCCUGUACGACAUCUACUGGACGGAGGUGGUGGAGGAGCGCCUGCGGGCCCUGGAGGGGAGCAAGCCCGGCCUGCGGAUCAUCUUCUGACGCCCCUCCCCAGACGGCCCUCCUCCCACGAGGAGUCCUGGCUUUAACCGAGAGAAGAGCUUAAAUCAGCUUAUUUUUGGGAGAGCAUUUUAGGCACUUUAUUAAAACGCUUUUCUGGCA